CUGUAAGAUAUCAAUCUUAAAUUAUUAAUUAGAAAUUAAAAAAAAAAUUCAAUGGCAGUUCGUUAAAAGAGUUUCCACUCUUGCGGGGUUUAUUUGAACGACGAAACACCGUCUCUGAAAUCGAACUCAAAAACCAUGGCGACCAAAACCCUAAUCCGAACCGGCGCAUCUCUGCUGAAUCGCUUGGUCUCCAAAAAGCCGUUGCUUCACCAAUCAAACACCACCACCGACCCUCACUUGUUCCCAUCGCUCACUAAAGUCCAUACUUCCGUCCAUCUUCCCCCUCAGAAUGACGCCUCUUCUCUCUUGAAACUCUCUUCGCAAGCUCUCCUCCACCCCUCUGGCUUGCCUUCUCUCGAAUUCUUCUUGCCUGAAGGAGAUUCAUCAAGUGAGCCAAUGCUUUUAUUCCCCAAAAGGACGUUCCAGCCUAGCACCAUCAGGCGUAAGAGGAAUCAUGGAUUCUUUGCUCGCAAGGCAACCAAGGGUGGACGGAGAGUUAUUGCUCGAAGAAUAGCCAAGGGUCGGUCAAGAAUUACUGCUUAGUAGCUCCGUUUGUGUCAAAAUUGAUUGGAGCAGCAUCAAAUUUAGGACAUGCCUUUGAAUAUGGUGCACUAAAGCAAAUCAAAUACACUUUUGCUCUGUCAUGUUCAACCUAUCAUUGGCUCAAACGAAUUAUGACUGCAAUCCCAUGACACUUGUUUUUUGGUCUAUUUUUUCACUUAAAAUAUUGUGCUUUUCUCUAUAUUAUUUUGCUGGAAUAUGUUGUUGUUAGGAUUGUAAUGCAAUUGUCUAGUUUUAAUAAUCGCAAAUUGUAGCUGCAACCAUGAUUUGGUUCAAUACUAGAGCAAUGAAAUGUUAUAAUCUUGAUCUGUUGAUCCAAA